CUCUGAGACGGAGACUAAUUACUGAUGACAGUAGAGGUUGGGUCACUCAUUCCUCAUGCUGAACUGGGCACGGCUAUGACUUUGUUGGACCCAAACAACAGUACAGUUCACAGAUUGAAAUGGCAGUGAUGGCACAAGAUGUCCCUGGAGGCAGAUAAAAACAGUUUUGUGGUUUCCAAGGAGAGAAGUACAUCCUGUGGCUUUCAGGGUGCUGAAGAGAAAGAGGAGAUCCCAGGGAUGGGAGAGGACAGUGUUCUGGAAAUGCUGAGCUACUCCAAAUUUACAGACCUGGAGACAUGGCUGUGUAUGCCUUCUACACUGCUGCCGAGAAGUUUGGAAUCAUUAUGUGCCACCUCUCAGUCCCUGACACCUAGUGAAACUGCAGACGCUGAGAAGAAACCCAGACCGCCGGAGGGGGACACCCCGUUCUUGUCACCACCCACAAUGGCACCUCAGUCAUCAAGGUCACCGUCACCCAUUCCUAUGGGGUCCCCAGUGCCCUCUUCGUUGGAUUCUUCAGGGAGCUCUGUCCAGGGAGGGGUUAGCGUCAGGAAGCGCCGGCGUCUGGCUGCGAGUCCUGGGGGACUGCGCUGGAAUUCUUCAGGGUUGUUGCAGCGGGACUAUGACACAGCUGAAACCCUGCCUGCUCCAGGGGCCAAGCGCAGCCCUGGCAGUGACACCAGCCUCCACACUGGCCUCUUGGGAGACUUGCAAAGAGCUACCCUGACGAAGAGUGUUUCUGUAGAUGACCGCCUGUUUCAGAAACAACACAAAGAGUCGCACAAACUACUUACACGCUUGGAAAGGGGCAAGAACAAGCUGCGAAAUAUCCAUAGCCUUGGAUCAACUGGCAGAUACGAGACACAUAAAAAGUCAGAGAGCAAAAUCAGCCGCCUGACUCAGAGACUCAGUCCGAGGCAGAAUGAUGUGCUGAUCAAGGACUUCAAACCGUUCUUUCUCACUGGGUGCCCGGGUACCUCGCAGAGUCUAGACAGGAACCUGUCUGCCAGCAUGACACAGCAGUUGCAAAACCUUCAUCUGUCCCACAACAAAAAGAGCAGCGGCCCCACCUCACCUAGUGCUGCCAAACGCCUCUAUCGGAACUUGUCUGAGAAGCUCAAGGGCAGCCACUCCUCCUUUGAUGAAGCUUACUUCUUUGGCCGCUCUGAUCGCUUCCGGAAGCCCUCAGCAAUGCAGAGCAGUGAUGCUCUGUUUGAAGCUGUGGAGCAGCAGGACCUUGAUGCAGUACAGAUCUUGCUGUAUCAGUACAGCUCAGAUGAGCUGGACCUCAACACACCCAACAGUGAAGGCCUCACCCCUUUGGAUAUUUCCAUCAUGACCAACAACGUCCCCAUAGCCAGGCUCCUACUGAAGGCCGGGGCUCGUGAGAGUCCACACUUUGUGAGCCUGGAAAGCAGGGCCGUGCACCUCUCUACACUGGUCCAGGAGGCACAAAGGAGGGUGAACGAGUUGUCGGCCCAGACACUGAGUGAAGGACUGGACAACUCUGACAAGGAAAAGCAGCUUAAGGCCUGGGAGUGGAGAUACAAGCUGUACAAGCGCAUGAAAACUGGCUUCGAACAUGCAAGGGUCCCUGAGGCUCCAGCCAAUGUACGUCUGAGUGUGACCAGUAGCACGUCACUCACUAUCACCUACCAGGAGCCGCUUAGUGUCAACUCUGCAGUGGUCACCAAAUACAGAGUGGAGUGGAGCUGUCUGAAGGACUUCUCCUUGCUGGCAGGGGAAAUGAUCUUGGAUAAUCUGCAGUCUCAGAGGUGUACCAUCUCAGGGCUCACCACGGGAAGGACCUAUUAUGUGCAAGUCUCAGCCUACAAUAUGAAGGGCUGGGGCCCAUCACAGCCAUCUCUCCCACCAUCAGCUGCACCAUCCAACUGGAGGGAGUGCGAGGGACGGGAGCCGAAGCACCGUGGCCACAUCGAAGCCAUGGAGCGACUGCUGCAGCAGGUCCGAGCCACACACCAGCACUACAGCUGUGGAGAUACAUCAAAGCUUCAAAACUCAAGCCGAAAGCAGUCUGUUUCUCGAAGCCUUAAACACCUUUUUCAUUCUUCAAAUAAAUUUGUUAAAACUCUUAAAAGGGGACUCUAUGUGGCAGCAGUGUUCUAUCACAAGGACAGUCUGUUGGUAACUAAUGAGGACCAGGUCCCCAUCGUGGAGAUCGAUGAUUCCUGCACCAGCUCCAUCAUGCAGGACUUUCUGUGGUUUGCAAAGCUCUCCUGCAUGUGGGAAGAUGUGCGGUGGCUACGCCAGAGCAUGUCUGCAUCUGUUUCCUCAUCCUCCUCUACGCUGCAGGCCCGACAGAAGAUGCUGGCUGCCGCAGGGCAGCUCCAGAAUCUGCUGGGCACGCAUAACCUGGGCCGGGUCUACUAUGAGCCAAUCAAAGACCGGCAUGGGAAUGUGCUGCUGGUGACCAUAAGGGAGAUGGAGAGCCUCUACUCCUUCUUCAAUGGCAAGUGGAUGCAGGUAUCCAAGCUUCAGAGCCAGAGGAAGUCCCUGUCAACCCCAGAGGAGCCAACUGCACUCGACAUCCUGCUUAUCACCAUACAGGACAUCCUGGCCUACCAGAGGCGCAGUCAGCACCGCCUGGCACCCGGGCUCUAUCUGGGUUACCUGAAGUUGAGCAGCUCUGUGGACCAGAUCAAAGUUCUGGUUCCUCAGAAAGCGCCCAACAUGUUGUGCCACUUCAAGAUCCGGGACAACUGGAAUGUGUCCAGGGAUGAGUGGGAGUGGCUCCAGAGGCUGUCUGGCCCAGUCUACGUGGAAGGGGAGAAUGAGACAGCCACCUGCCAUAACCCACUCUUCUUCUAUGAGCUCCAGAUGGGCCUCAAAGGCCUGCUCAAACAGAUCAAUCUACCUCUGCACCAGGCCAAGCACUUCCGUCUCUACACGCAGGAGGUACUGGAGCUGGGUCACAAUGUCUCCUUUCUUCUUCUGCUACCCGCCUCAGACGAUGUCUGCACCGCCCCGGGACAGACUAAUCCUUACACCCUGCACUCGGGGUUCCUCAACCUCCCUCUUCAAAUGUUUGAGCUAGUCCACUUUUGCACUUACAAGGACAAAUUUAUCAGUUUGUACUGCCGGCUGUCCUCCGUGUUGGACCUUGACGCACUCAUUACCCAGCAGGCCUUGCGAGAAGCCAUCUCUGACACUGAAAUUUCAACCGCUAAGCAACGGCAGCAGCACAUCCUGGAUUUUAUACAGCAGAUGGAUGAGAUGUGGAGGGAUGUUCGCUGGCUUACAGAUGCCCUGCAGUAUGCCCGCUAUAAGCAACCUCUUGGUGGCCUUCCUAUCACCUGGCUGGUGGACCCCAACGUGGAGACUACAAUGCAGAAGAACGACUCCACAUCCUCUCACAUGGACUACCUCCCCACUCCUUCACCCUCACCAGAAAUGCGCAGAAGAAAGGAUUCUCAGGCUGGCUCAGAUGAGGAGGGAUGUUCCGAAGUAUUCCUCCCAACCGACAGCGAUUAUGACUCCAGUGAUGCCUUGAGCCCCAGGGACCUGGACCUGGUUUAUUCCUCCUCGCAGGAUAUUUCUCAGCAGGCCGUGUGUGCCCUGAGUGGGAGCGCUCCCGAUGUUCUGCAGGUGCACGACAUCAGAUACAGCGUGUGCCGGAGAGAUGGCCCCGAGGCAGAAUCCUGUGCUGGGAGCAUGGAAGGGCUGAUGCUGACAGCGAUACCCCCACGGAGUGCGGACAGAGUGCUCUCUGGCAAACUGCCAGCCAACCUCCCGUCCAAGCGGAAGCUGCUGCCCAGGAGCCAGGCUCAGCAGGGCAUCCUGGGUAGGCCACAGCGCUGGCUGCGUGUUCAGAGCGAGAGCCAGGCCACCUCGCUUUCUGAAGGGGUCUACACGCAGCAGCGUGACACUGACCUGCCACUGGUGUCAGUUGCUGGAGAGCUGCAAUGCACUGGCAGUCCAGAGGUUGCGAGAGUGUUGAGGAGAGACACCAAGCAGAAUGUGCGUCGAAUCACGGUGGAACCCUGCAAGGAGGCCUCUCCAAGCCAGGACACCUGCAGCUGGACCCUAGAUGUCGGGGAGUACAGCGACACCACCACUGUGUAUGAAAGCAGCACAGCUCAAGACACAGACUCUGAUGACCAAACCAAUGCUCAAGUGUCUGAAAUACUGAGCAGCACACUUUAGUGACAGGCAGCAGCAGACGUGACCCCACUGAUGAUGCUGUGGUCUCUUAGCACAUUUGUCCAUUUUUCCACCACUCUCUUUUCAUGGUAACUCUUGAAUGCCACGUGAGGGGUAGCAAAGGUGAUUUUCAAAAUAAAUGUACACAGAGCUUAGCUGGAUCCAGCAUCCACUUAACAGAAUAUGUAAAGACUGAUGUUGCUGGUCAACUAUUUUAAAAUGUAAUAUCCAUGGCUUUGACUGUUAAAAUGGUAAUAAUCAAUGCAAGAAAUUCUGAAGCACUGCAUUAACUUUCGAACUUGAAUAUCUGCCUGUUUGAGGCUGUACUACACAUAGGUUAUUUAACAAAAGAAAAAAAAUAUUUAUAUUAAUUGGCAUUCCAGAGUAAAUUUGUUUAGUAACAU